GAAUGCUUCGGAAGCUGGAAAUCCAGAAAGAGGAAGAUCUGCAGUCCGUGUGUGAAGUGGCUGCCCAUGUGUUCAGCGAUGGCGUAACAAACUGGGGUCGAGUGGUGACGCUCAUCUCAUUUGGUGCCUUUGUUGCAAAACACCUGAAGAGCAUAAACCAGGAGAAGUGCAUCAGUGUCCUGGCAGGAAUCAUCACGGAUGCACUCGUCUCAUCGAAGCACGAGUGGCUAAUGAGCCAAGGAGGCUGGGAGGGCUUUGUUGACUUUUUUCGAGUUGAGGACCUAGAAGGCAGCAUCAGAAACGUCCUGAUGGCGUUUGCAGGUGUGGCUGGACUGGGAGCAAGCUUGGCCUACAUGAUCCGGUGA